CUAAAGGUACGCUAGAAAUGGUAAAAUAUCUUGUUGAAAAUGGCGCUGAUGUAAAUGGAAAGUAUACUGAUGGAUGGACAGUCUUGCACUAUGCUGUUUCCUAUAGUUCAUUACAAGUAGUAAAAUAUCUUGUUGAAAUGCACGCUGAUGUAAAUGGAAAUAAGACCGAUGGGUGGACAGUGCUGGUUCAUGCUGUUACUGAAGGUAGGCUAGAAAUGGUGAAAUAUCUUGUUGAACAUGGCGCUGAUGUAAAUGGCCAAAUUACUGGGCAGACAAUUUUGCACAUUGCUGUUACUGAAGAUAUGCAAGAAACAAUAAAAUUCCUUGUAGAGAGGGGCGCUGAUGUAAAUGGCAGGGAUACUGACGGGAAAACAGUGCUGCACGCUGCUGUUAUUGAUAAACAUGCGCUAGAAAUGGUGGAAUAUCUCGUUGAAAAAAACGCUGAUGUAAAUGGAACAGAUGUUAACGGUUGGACAGUGCUGCACAGUGCUGUUUCAGAAGGCACGUUUGAAACGGUAAAAUAUCUUGUUGAACAUGGCGCUGAUGUAAAUGGUAAGAUGACUGACGGGUGGACAGUGCUGCACACUGCUGUUACUAAAGCUACGCUAGAAAUCGUAAAAUACCUUGUUGAAAACGGCUCUGAUAUAAAUGGCAAGGAUACUACUGACGGGUGGACAGUGUUACAUUAUGCUGUUUCUUAUGGUUCAUUAGAAAUGGUAAAAUAUCUUGUUGAACUGGGUGCGGAUGUAAAUGGAAAAAAACCCGGUGGGUUGACAGUGCUGCAUGACGUUGUUACUAAAGGUCCGCUGGAAAUGUUAAAAUACCUGGUUGAAAAUGGCGCUGAUGUAAAUGGCAAAAGCAAUGGCGGCUGGUCCGUUCUUUACUUUGCUAUUUCUAAAGGUACACUAGAAAUGGUAAAAUAUCUUGUUGAGAUGGGCGCUGAUGUUAAUAGCAAGGAUACCAUUCACAAUUGGACAAUGCUGCACGCUGCUGUUACUCAGGGUACACUAGAAAUGGUAGAGUGUCUUGUUGAGAACGGCGCUGAUGUAAAUGGCAAGGAUACUUACGGAUGGACAGUACUGCGUUAUGCUGUUUCCAAAGGCACGCUAGAAAUAAUAAAAUGUCUUGUUGAAAAUGGCGCUUGUGUAAAUAGCAAAAUUAAGAGGCAGACAAUUCUACACAUUGAUCUUAUUGAGAAGGGUGCUGACCAAAAUGGCAAGACAAAUGAUGGGUGGACAUUGCUGCACACUGCUUGUACUGGAGGUAUGCUAGAAAUCGUAAAAUAUCUUAUUGAGAAGGACGCUGAUGUUAAUGGAAGAAAUAUUUACGGGUGGACAGUGCUGCACACUGCUGUUACUAAAGGUACGCUAGAAAUGGUAGAAUAUCUGGUUAGAAACGGCGCUGAUGUCAAUGGCAAAAAGACUAACGGCUGGACAGUGCUCCACUCUGCUGUUGCUGAAAGUACGCAAGAAAUAGUGAAAUAUCUAGUUCAAAUGGGUGCAAAUGUACAUGGAAUGCAGAUUGACGGAUGGACAGUGCUGCACUCUACUUGUACUGGAAGUACGCUAGAAACCGUAAAAUAUCUUACUGAAAAGGGCGCUGAUGUAAAUGGCAAGAAUACUGAGGGGUUGACAGUACUGCACGGUGCCGUUGUAAAAGGUACGCUAGAAAUUGUAAAAUAUCUUGUUGGAAACGGCGCUGAUGUCAAUGGCAAAAAGACUAACGGAUGGACAGUGCUGCACUCUGCUGUUACUAAAGGUACACUAGAAAUAGUGGGAUAUCUUGUUGAAAUGGAUGCUGAUGUGAAUAGCAAAAAUUCUGACGGGUGGACAGUGCUGGAUGUCGCCGUUACUAAAGGUUCAUUAGAAAUGGUAAAAUUUCUUGUUGAAAUAGGUGCAAAUGUAAAUGCAAAGAAGAAUGACGGGUGGACAGUGCUGCACACUGCUGUUGCUGAAGGUAGGCUAGAAAUUGUAAAAUAUCUAGUUGCACAUGGUGCUGAUGUAAAUGGAAAAAUGACUAACGGGUGGACAAUUCUACACUAUGCUGCUAGUAAUGGUAUGCAAGAAAUGGUAAAAUAUCUGGUCAAAAUCGGCGUUGAUGUAAAUGGUAAGAUUACCGACGGGUGGACAAUACUACACUAUGCUGCUUCGUAUUGUUCCAUAGAAAUGGUAAGAUAUCUCGUCGAUAACGGCGCUGAUGUAAAUAGCAAGAAUACUUGCGGAUUGACAGCACUGCACACUGCUGUUAGUGAAAGUACCCUGGAAGUUGUAAAAUAUCUUGUUGAAAAGGGCGUUGAUGUAAAUGGCAAGAGUAUUAACGGAUGGACAGUACUGCAUAAUGCUAUUACUAAAGGUAGUCUAGAAUUAGUAGAAUGCCUUGUUGAAAAUGGCGCUGAUGUAAAUGGCAAGAAUACAUACGGAUUGACAGUGCUGCACUAUGCUGUUACUAAAAGUACGCUAGAAAUAGUAAAAUAUCUUGUUAAGUAUGGCGCUGAUGUAAAUGGCAAGAAGACCAACGGGGAGACGGUGCUUCACAGUGCUGUUAGUAAAGGCACAUCGGAAAUAGCAAAAUAUCUUAUUGAAAUGGGUGCAAAUGUAAACGGAAAGCAGGGUGACGGGUGGACAGUGCUGCACUUUGCCUGUAUUGACGGUACGCUAGAAAUGGUAAAAUAUCUUGUUGAACAUGGCACUGAUGUAAAUGGCAAGAAUAUUAACGGAUGGACAGUGCUGCACUAUGCUGUUACUGAAGGUACACUAGAAAUGGUAAAGCAUCUUGUCGAAUAUGGCGCUAAUGUAAAUGGCAAGAAUACUAACGGAUGGACAAUGCUGCACUAUGCUGUUACUGAAGGUACACUAGAAAUGGUAAAGUAUCUUGUCGAACAUGGCGCUGAUGUAAAUGGCCAGAGCACUAACGGGUGGACAGUGUUGCACAAUGCUGUUACUAAAGGUACGCUAGAAAUGGUAAAAUAUUUUUUUGAACAUGGCGCUGAUGUAAAUAGCAAGAAUACUGAGGGAUGCACCGUACUGCACACUGCUGUUGCUAAAAGUACGCUAGAAAUAGUAAAAUAUCUUGUUGAACAUGGCGCAGAAGUAAAUGGCAAGAAUACUAACGGAUGGACAGUGCUGCACUAUGCUGUUACUGAAGGUACACUAGAAAUGGUAAAGUAUCUUGUCGAACAUGGCGCUAAUGUAAAUGGCCAGAGCACUAACAGGUGGACAGUGUUGCACAAUGCUGUUACUAAAGGUACACUAGAAAUGGUAAAAUAUCUUGUUGAACAUGGCGCUGAUGUAAAUAGCAAGAAUACUGAGGGAUGGACCGUACUGCACAGUGCUGUUACUGAAGGUACGCUAGAAUUUGUGAAAUAUCUUGUUGAAAAUGGCGCUGAUGUAAAUAGAAAGCAUACUAACGAAUGGACAGUGCUGCACGAUGCUGUUACUGAAGGUACACUAGAAAUGGUAAAGUAUCUUGUCGAACAUGGCGCUGAUGUAAAUGGCAAGAAGACUAACGGGGAAACGGUGCUUUGCAGUGCUGUUAGUAAAGGCACGCCAGAAAUAGCAAAAUAUCUUAUUGAAAUGGGUGCAAAUGUAAACGGAAAGCAGGAUGACGGGUGGACAGUGCUGCACUUUGCCUGUACUGACGGUACGCUAGAAAUGGUAAAAUAUCUUGUUGAACAUGGCGCUGAAGUAAAUGGCAAGAAUACUGAGAAAUGCACCGUACUGCACACUGCUGUUAGUGAAGGUACGCUAGAAAUAGUGAAAUAUCUUGUUGAACAUAGCGCUGAUGUAAAUAGCAAGAAUACUAACGGAUGGACAGUGCUGCACUAUGCUGUUACUGAGCGUACACUAGAAAUGGUAAAGUAUCUUGUCGAACAUGGCGCUGAUGUAAAUGGCCAGAGCACUAACGGGUGGACAGUGUUGCACAAUGCUGUUACUAAAGGUACGCUAGAAAUUGUAAAAUAUUUGGUUGAACAUGGCGCUGAUGUAGAUGGCAAGGAUACUAACGGAGUGACAGCUUUGGAAGCUGCUGUUUGUGCUGGUGCACCAGACAUCAUCCAAUAUUUAGUUAAACAAGGCGCAAAGGCUACUGCUGGGAGAGUUCUUCAUCAUGCUGUUAGUGUUGGUAAAUUAGGCAUGGUAAAAUAUCUUGUUGAACAAUUAGUUGCUGAUGUAAAUGAGAAGGAUGCUGAUGGACAGACAGUCCUGCACGUCGCUGUUGAUACUGGUGCAUUAGAAAUUGUCAAAUAUUUAGUUGAACAGGGUGCUGACAUAACUCUUAAAAGUAAAAUCAGCGUUCAUACUCUUGGCUUUGACACACUGAAAAUAGCUGUUGUAAACAACUUCGUUGCUUUGGUCGAUCUUCUUUUUAAAAAGAACAUCGCUGGAUGGAGACAUUGGACAUUUCUUGUCGAAGGAAGGCAAAUGAGUUUUCUCGAAUGGAGUAUUCACCUUGGUCAUGAUGAAAUUACAACAAUCCUCAAGAGGUCCAUAAAACAUUCUUUGAAAAUUCAGACGUUGAAAACAAUGAAUUGCAACCAGUUAGAAGAGAUUGAAACACCGAUGCAAGUUUUUGUCGCAAAGAAUCAAUUUAAAAUUGGUGCUGGCGGUUUUUCGUGUGUCUAUGUUGGUCUCAUGAAGGAUGGAAGUGAAGUUGCUGUUAAGAGAAUUUUGGUGCAAAGUGACGAUAAAACAGUUGAAAACGAAUUAGGAAUCAUGAAUCUCAUCAAGACAAACAAAUCUCCAUUUAUAGUGAGCUAUCGACAUUUUCACCGUGACGAAACCUUCAUGUAUCUUAUUGUUGAUCUUUGCGAAGAAACGUUGAGGGAACUUGUUCAUGCAUGCAGUAUUGAACAUCUACAAGAGCAAGGUCCACGAAUGAUUAGGGAAAUUCUAUCAGGACUUCAAUUUCUUCAUGAUAAAGGAAUAUUGCACAGAGAUCUAAAACCAUCAAACGUCCUGGUUGAUAUCGAAAGUCGCAUGAAAUUGGCAGACUUUGGGAUAAGCCGCGUUCUAAAUGAAGAUGAAACGACAAUUGAAACAUUUGCGAAAGGUACUACCGGAUGGAUGCCACCGGAAGUAAUCAAGGCAAUAGACAAUAACGAAAAAGGUCGUUUCAAAAAGAAAUCAGAUGUCCACGUCGCGGGUAUGAUUGCCUUCUUCAUCUUAACGAAAGGUGAACACCCUUUUGGAACUUCCUUAGAUCGAAUGAAAAAUAUUUCCAAAGGAAAUCCUGUCAAUCUGAAGAAACUUGGUGUCCGCGACGCUCGUAGGUUCGUGUCGUGGUUGAUUCGUCACAAAAUUGAUGAUAGACCUCACGCUCACAAAGCAUUGGGAGAUUCUUUUUUCAUGCCGUCAAAAAGGACACACCGAGGCCACCGUUUUAGCGUAUGAAAUCACGAAAAUAAAAUGUUUUUCGGACUUUGCCAUCUCAUAUUCCUCAAUAUAAAACCAUGUUUCGUUUCUGUUGUUGAAGAGUUCAUCAGCAUUUAUCGUACGAGAUUAAAUAUAACAAAACUAACCACAGGAAUUCACAAUUUUGCGGGGUUUAAUGAACUUUUUCCUUCACCUUGGAAACUUUCUUCUCACUCGUGGACAAAAAUACCAACUUUGACAAAGAAAUGUUAACGUGUAUUUCAAAAACAAAAUGCAAGAAAAAGUUAAUUCGACUGAUAAUAUGUGUGAAAAACCUGGCGGAUCACCCGUAAAGACAAAUUAUGAAAUUGUGAAUAUGAUUGAAUUUAAAUUAGCCUUGAUAUUGCUCCGAGAAAGAAAGAAAGAAAAUGCCA